GCCCUCCUCUGACAUAAUCCAAAAUGGCAGCCACCGUCGGAAGACUCCUCAGGACCUCUGUGAGUAUAAACGCUUUAAUUUAAAGACACCUACCUCCGACACUUAUUCGUCUCAUAUUUUUAAAUUAAGCAGUCACUCGUCCAGUUUGAUGGUGAAGCUGGAUAAAAAACCUCUGCCCUGGAUCGCCCUGUCCAUAUCAGUGUCGCACAUUUUGAACUAGGGACCAACUGACAGUGUGCCUCCAAACCUCGGGUCCGCGGCCCCAGACGAGAACGAUAAGGUUGAGAAAAUACGAGCAUUUUCAUGCUUUUUAAAGGUCAAGCAAAAUGUACCUUCAUACUUUUAAAUUAUAACUGAUAUAGUACUACAUUGUCAAUUUCCACACUAAUGCAAGGCAUUAAGUAGGUUUCAGUGCAGUAUUUUGUUUUUACAUUUUAUUCUUGAAACAAUAUUAUAAUGAAAUAUAAUAUAUUAUAAAAUAAUAUGUUAUAAAAAAAUUCACCUGUUCAAAACAUGUCCACAUUUCACUUGAACAAUGAGGAUUUACAGAUUAGCAAUUGGUUUCACUUCUGAUCCAAUUUAAAAAAAAGGGAAAAAGUAAAAGAAAAAAGAUUAUCUGCCAGUACCAAGUCCAGAUCUGAUUCUUGUAUUUGCCUUUGUAGUCAAUCAAUCAAUUAGACUGUAUUUGUGUAGGGAAUUCAUCAUGAGAUGAAAUAAUAAUAAUAAUAAUAAUAAUAAUGAAUUUGGUUUUAAGGUACCCUUUAAAACACCAAAGGAUGCCCCUCAAGACAGAUAAAAACAAACAGUGAAAAACAAGCUAAAUGUCACAGAGAGUGCUUUACAUGAUCAGUAAAUCAUCAAAAUCAAUCAAAACUCGAAGUCGUGCAAGGUCUAUGAUGAGCAAACAAAAACAACAGCCAAGAUAUAUUUAAAUGAAAAAGGAUUUUAAAAAGCACAGGAGGGACUGAGGAAAGGCUUCAAUGAUGAAGACACCAGAUGUAAACAGGUAUGAGGUAUGACAUUCAAGAAAAACAAUAAAAACUAACUGAUAAUAAGUAAGUCAGACCUAAUAAAUACCAGAUAGGAUAAUAAAACACAGCAAGAUAAUACGCUUAAAAGACAGACAGAAUAAUAAAAUAAUAUAAGAACAAGAUAUAAUACUGAACAAUACAGUAUUAUAAUAAUAUAUAAUACAGUGCAGCUCAGUCAUGACAAAGGGAGACUGUCAGAGCUAGUGAAAGUAGCAGCAGUCACAUUGUGGGCUCUAUUUUCGUGCGCGCCAGUGAGGCGGCGGAGGGCGGCGAGCCCCGCGCAGUUGUAUUUUCGUCUGGCGGAGCCCAGCGUAAGGCCAAUUUGGUAUUUUCGUGGCAUGAGCCGCACGGAGGCGAGCCGAGAUCCGCCAAGCUGGGCGUGGUGGUGUGGCAGGGGGAGGUGUCGACAGAAUCAGCAGGCGCAGUGACAUUUUCGUGCUCGCCAACGGCGUGUAAAGUGCGCUGAAAGCUCGCCGAUUCAAACCUGGUCAGCUUUCAGCGCAAGGCGGAACGCAGCUGGUCUGGUAGUAUUUUGGUAGACCGGCGGCGUAUCGACAUACGUCACUGAUGCCUCACCGGCAGGUUUCCACAGUGUCAGGCACAUUUCAGUGCAAUAAAUAAUCAUCAACAACUAUUAAUCUGAGUCAGCACAUACAUUUAGAUCUAUAUCGAUAUAUUCUGAUCUAUAUCUGAUCUGAUGAGCGCGUUUGGCACGCGUUUGGACACACAACCUGACCGAAUCAACACAGCUGAAACCGCAUCAAAUUAAAUUAAAUAUCUAGUAAAUAAACACACAUGAUGAAGUUAACAAGAUAUGUAAUUCGUCUCCCUUCUUUUCUUUCUUCCUCUUCCUCUUAUUUCUCGCACAGCUCGACCUGGACACGUCUCCGUGUCCUCUGUCCGUCUUGCUGCUGCUGCGGCUGAACAGAUGAUUUGUUUCAGUGCUCAGAUGCGUUAUCUACUUUAAGCCGACAUACGGAUAUUAUAAUAUUCAGUUUUGUGAGCCAAAUUUAUUUUAUAUGCCAACAUCUAUGAAAGAAAGAGCCAGGCCACGGAGCGCGAUGCGUCAUUUACGCACAGAUGGUUCCGAUUUUAAUGCCAUUUUUGGAGUUUAUGUUGUGAUCUGUGCGCUCAACCCACCUUUGUCACGUGAGGUUUGAAUAUGAGCAACUUUAUGUGAGUGUCUUUAUUUGUGGAAAAGGGCGUUUGUCUUACCAGUGGGUCCAACAUUACGCACACUAAAUCCAUCUGUGCUCAUAUGAGAGAGUGUGGAGGACACUUGUUGAGGAGCUGCCCUCUGUCGCCAUCUUGUGGCAUUACUGUCUUAAGACAUCUCUUGAUCUCUUUGACUACUUCAUGAAAAUAGUAAUACGCCUCGCCGGUGGCGGAUUUAAAGGCAAGGAGAGGAGCUUAUGUGAUUGGUGAAAACAGGUCUCGGCUGUGUUAAACCCACUAUACGGCCUUUCUCCUCCCAGUCUACGACUUAUGGUGCUGGGAGGAGCUGAGUUAGGGAGGGGGGAUACUUACGCCGGGCUGCGCGGCUCACCAAAAUACCAAAAUGUGCUUGGGAACGCCUUGUCAGCGCGGCGGAUCUGACUGACGCUGCGCUUGCGGCACGUCUCCGGCGAGGCACCAAAAUAGAGCCCUGUGUCUUUUGAGGGGAUAACAUGCUUCAACCUUGUUCAUCCCUCCCCUGGAAAAAGAUUAUUUUUUAAUUUCAUAGCGAAUAUUCCUGGCAAAAUAAAGGCUCAGUUUAAAUCAUAAAAUUUGCAGUGUUUGGCUGCCUCCUUUCACCACCUUUUGGUGUUUUUGUUUUCUCAAAGAAACUUUUUCUUUUUAAUUCCAAAGCUUCAGUACAGCAGCCUUCUCUCUCUGUUGCUCUCACAAAGAUCCCAUAUUCUGUUGAAUAUUAACUUCUGUUGUAUCUAUUGGCCGUACUGAGGACAGCUCUACUUCCACUGCCUCGUAAAGGGAUCAUGUUGCCUGUAAUGAGACUGUUGGGCUGUUUUCACCUUCUAGUUUCAAAUAUUUCCACACUGCUGAUAUGAUAGAAACUGGGUUACUGAUGAUCAGUGACUCAGGCUCUUGAAUUCUGCUGCAAAUUAGCUGGCAUUAAUGAUUGAGGGAAGAUGAUAGGUUCAAAUUACAGAACCUUGGUCAGUUUAAAAUUUGGAUUUGCAAAGACGGCAGUUAUAGGUCUGCUAAUUACAUGUACUGAUUAUGAGAUGAACGAUAGCUGAGUCCUGUUUCAGGUUUCUGGUAUUUCUUAUUUUAUCAUGAACUAAGCUGAUUUUGGACUUGAUCAUUUUUUCCUUCAUUUUUCACUGCUGCUGUUUUUAUGCCUUAUAACAACAGCAACAGUGAUUCAAAGCCAACAAGACUACAAAGUACAGAGCGAGGCAAACUUCAGGGAGGCUUCUAAAUAUGGGCGAAUCACUAGAUUUUGCGAUUUUGGCCUUUCACCACAAUCAUAAAAAUAUCAUAUUCAAGACUGAUCAAUUAUUGUUCUGUCUGCUGUGUUGCCCCCCUACAUUCUAUUUGUUGAAUGAAACUAACUGAAGACUAUUUGACUGUUAGGAGUUAUGCUGGCUUAAGGUGGAAUUCCAACUCAGUAGUUUGACUGUAAGGAAAAGAAAGUGCAUCAAAACGCAGUUCCAGUCCAGAGUUUCAUUUUCCAACAUAUUCAACUCUCUACUCUGAAAAGGAUGACAUAGGAAUAACAAAAGGGAAUUAAAUGAAAUACAGGCAUGAUCAAUAUCAUUUCCUUCAAUAAUGAGAGAGUAAAUUAACUAACUCAUAUGCGAACUAAGAAACAAACAUCCUUUCUUAACCAUAAAAAUCAAAGUCAGGAUAGUAAAUCAAAGAUGAGCUUUAUAGCAGUUUAAACUGUUUAAAUAGAACUUGCUUGGUAUGUACCCCCAAGGGGGUCCACACUCUUAACUGCAGGGCGUGGCCCCUCUGCUCAAACAGCAGUUUUCUAAUUUCUAAUUUUCACUUCAUCUUAGGCAGCUCAGAUCAACAAGAAAGUGAGUUUGGAAGCACCAGAAAGGUGCAGUUCCUGCUAAAAUCAAUAGUGGACCAUUGUUUUUUUUUUACAUGUAGUGCAACACAGUAGUACAAACUAUCAGGCAGCCACAGGAGGAGAGUAGGAAGAGGAGCAGGAGGAGGGAGGAGAGCAGGGAGAGAAGCAGUAGGAAAAAGGAGAGCAGGAGGAGGAGCACAGGGAGGAGGGAGGAGAGAAGGAGCAGGAGGAGAGAGGAGAGCAGAGAGGAAAGCAGGAGGAAAGCAGGGAGAGAAGGAGCAGGAGAAAGAGUCCAGAAGGCUUAGGGACAGAAAAAGCAUAACAAGAGAGAGAGGCUGUAGUGGUUGGAUUUUGCCAAAAGUGCUAAAGGCUACCAGGCUAAAAAGUGAAAGACAUUGUUCUGAAUUAUAAUGAAUUUUUAAGCCAUAGCCUUGAGGUUUAAAGGAUGUUACAUAAUAGGUUAAAAAUACUUAUUGAUCGGUUAUAUCUGUCUAUGAUAAAAUGUAGGCAAUUAGCUGAAUCAAAAAUGUUGACUGUACUUUAGUCCUCAUGUUAGGGGCAGAAAUCCUUUUGGCAAACAAAAAGUAUUUGUCUUAAUAAAAUUUCUUCUUUUCCAGGCAGGUGUUGCAGCACAGAGACUUAAGGUCUCAGCUUCCUGUUCACAUGGACUGACUUGGACCACAAGAAAUCUCAUUGGUCCUGCAGUCCAGAGGGCUUGUUUCUCAACAUGUAUGUAUACGAAAUAAAUGUAAAAGAAUUAGAAAAUAGGUCCCUAAUCAAUCAAAUACUCUACUUUAAUUUUGAAAUUUGAUCCACCUGAAAACAGAAUUAUGGAAGUUUUUUAACAAAAAGACAUCAACAGAGUAUCUGGAAGUGAUUAAGUGAACAAGACGUGAUUAAGUACUUGAUUUCGAUCUUCAUUUACCUUUUCCUCACAGAAAUAUUUCUCAGCUCAGAUCAGUGUUCUUGAGGGCACUAGUUUAUCUAGGCUCCCCAUGUAGAGGCUAUAGUCCCCAUAGGAACAAUCUAAGUCCUGAAACAACUCGAUGCACAACAUUCACUCAAAGGCAGAUGUUUUCUCAUAAAAAGGGGUUUAGAUUCAUUUGCUCUCUUCAAUUCAAAAGUUAGAUAUUAAAUAUUUUUAACCAAACAAAAAGUUUGACUUGACCAAAGGGUAUUUGACUUUCCUCAAUCAGGCACAUCAAAAUGGGUCGCUGCCGUCACUCAGCCUGCUCCAGCUUUUAAAGCCACAGCAGUUCACAACGGGGAGUUCAAGGAGAUGAGCCUGGCUGAUUUCAAGGGAAAAUACCUGGUCCUUUUCUUCUACCCUCUGGAUUUGUGAGUAUUUGUGAUGCUGCAAAGACUUGAAGUGAAUCAUUUUAGCUUCAUCUUGCUCUUAAUCACACAAACCUCUCAUGAUGAUCAGUACAGUGAACAGUUUACAAACAGUGCUCUUAAAUUCUUGAUGUUUGUCCUUUCCCAGCACCUUCGUGUGUCCAACAGAAAUAAUUGCGUUCAGUGACAAAGCCAAUGAGUUCCACGAUGUCAACUGUGAGGUGGUGGGCGUCUCUGUGGACUCUCACUUCACCCACCUGGCAUGGAUCAACACUCCACGCAAGGUACUUUCUUCUCCCAUUCUCUGCCGGGUGUUGAACUGAGUUGCUUUGCGAGAACAGCACCCUCUGGUGAUGAGCUGCAGUAUAGUUCAUAAAUUCCACCUCCUGCAGUAAUUCCUAUGGAGCUGUGGACAAACUUUACCCUGGUUGUGAUGUUGACAUGUAGUUACUGUAAGACUGGUUUGUUUGAGUAGAGCGUCAUCACAGCGAAUCUCGGUGACUCUCCCACCAAAAUGUGUACAACGCUACUGUGCAAGUGGUGGUUCCAGAAAGUGGAGAAAAUCCCAGAAAUACUGAGAGCUUUUUGGCCUCAAAUCCGUAUACUGGCAGAAGGCGGAACCAAGUUGUCCAUAGUAUAUACAGUUUAUGAUCAUGACCCUCACUUUGGGAACCAGUGCUCGAGCCCCAUGGGAGAUUUUAGCAAAAGACUGACUUGCAGACAUUGUCUUGGUUGUGUUUCUGACAUUUGUAAUUCUGACAUAGUGUCAAAUAGAUGAUUUGUUGGUUGUUGAAACAGCAGUUCAUGUGUCAGUGUUCAUCUUCUGGGUACUCUUCUGUGUUUUUGUCAGACUGGAGGCUUGGGCAACAUCCACAUCCCUCUACUGUCAGACCUCAACAAGCAGGUUUCCAGAGAUUAUGGAGUGCUGCUGGAGGGUCCAGGCAUCGCACUGAGGUCAGAUGAACUUGGAGCUCUGCAGGACAAAUUAGGAAUAACCUGUUGCAGUUUGACAUAAAUACGUAACUGCUUUACAAUUUUAAAUAAGAAAAUUUUCAUGAGGGCCACGGGGCAAACGAACCAUAAUUAAGAAUGUUUUUAAUAACGUAUGCAACGCUUUAUUAAUGUUCUUCAGGGGGCUGUUCAUUAUUGAUCCAAGUGGUGUUGUGAAGCACAUGAGUGUAAACGACCUUCCUGUGGGCCGUUGUGUUGAAGAGACGCUGCGUUUGGUAAAAGCCUUCCAGUUUGUGGAGACCCAUGGUGAGGUGUGUCCGGCCAGCUGGACCCCUAAGUCCCCAACGGUGAGUUCUCGGGUCCUUCUAGUUCAUAAGCUUUCCUGAAGGUGUGUGUUUUUGCUCACACAUAAAGCUAAAAUGUAAAUGAGGUUUUCUGUAAGACUGAGGCAGCUGUAAAACAGUUAAAGAUCACUUUGUGUCACCGUUUAUUUCCAGAUCAAACCAACCCCAGAAGGUUCGAAAGAGUACUUUGAAAAGGUCAACUAAGAAGACUACGAUCAUAGUGCUUAGAGCCGAGGUGGUGAAGGGUACACGUCUAGACAAGUGUUUUCUUAUAGUUUGAAAUUUAAGCUGUAAGUAUCCAUACACAACAGAUCCUCUAAUAAAUCUAUUCUUUAUUAAAGACUGCUGUGUUUUCA